AUGGACUUACAUCUCAUUGCAUUCAGCUUUCCUCGUGAUGCCACAGGCACCCAGGUCUCUGAUAUGGCGCCCACCACAGGCAGUGCUCUGCCACCAGAUGCACGUGCUGUCGGUAGCCGCACCGUCAGUAAGGCCGUGCCUAUCCCGAUGACACCAUCAGCCGCAUCCUCAGCGAAGUCAGUCGCCAUUUCACGCGCACCAGGUGCACAUCGUGGUCCAGCGCCAACUUUGGAUCGCCACCAUGAUCAGCACACAAGUCGCUUAGGGUCGUCACCGACGCCGGUUACAUUCCGUCUCACUGCAUACUCGGAUGCUGUGAUAGAUGCAUGCGCAAAGGCCAUGGCGACACACCAAUGUGUCGUUCAUGCAUCGCCUUCGUCGUCGGCGGGCCUGAGCCUGGGCGUUAGCAAUAGCGCAGGUGGUAUCGGCUGCAACAAGAACAACAACAACAACAACAACAACAGCAGCAGCAACAGCAGCAACAGUAGCAGUAGUAGCAGCCAUGGCGCUGCUGCUGGCUCUGUGUCUGUCAGCAAUAGUGGUGAUAUGGAUCGUCCCACGCAAGGCCCGUCUCCUCGCAUGCCAUUACAUGCAUCACCCGCUUCGACACACCUGCCGUCAACGUCUUUAGCUCUGAGCAUGGACUCGGCAGAACCAGCGACCAACUCCAGUGGAUCGUCGUUCCGACAACCUAGUGCCGAGCCAUUCAUGGAGCCUGAGCUGCCUCGAUUCAGUGCGAGUCUCUGUGGUACACAAGCCCAGGUCAAUGAUGCUCGCAGUCUGUUGAUGCAAACGCUGCCGUUCACUUGGCGCUUGGACAUGCUCCUAGAAGCAUCUGAGAUUCUGCAAUACGGCCGAGACGCACUUUGGCCAGAUGUCCGCAUCCGCUUUGAUCAGAUCAUGCAGGACUCACGCACGCGACUGAGUGUUCAACCCUCAGCUGAUGCAUCACUGACAACCGAUGCACCGACAUGUACAACGAGACGCCAUAUGCAGCGACCGGUCAUCUUGACCAUCACAGGUGGUCUCGAAUCGAUCGAAUAUGCUCGUGUUCAAGUUCUCGUGAUGCUGGACGAAAUGAGUGGCCUGCACACAGAUACCAUCGACUUGGACAACAGCAAGUUCUUGCAUGUGAAUGCAGGCCGAAAACGCUCCGCUAUCCAGGCACUAGAGCGUGAAUCCCGCGCUAAUGUCUACAUACCCACACCGUUCUUUGGCGUCCUGCAAAGCCAUGUGCCUCCAAAGGUGCAGGAGCGUCGACACACCGUGUUUGUCACAGGGCCGCCGCCUGCCAUCGCCCGCGCGCGAGAACUUGUCCUUUCACUGACCAAAAGGAACCGGAACACGGUCUCUCGUCAGGUGUCACUCAUGCCGCGGAAACUCGACUGGCUACUCCUUGAACGCCACGAGGCACUCCGUGAGCUCAUGCUCGAUAACAGCACUUUCCUCGAUCUUCCGCUCAUCGGCAGCCCGACAGGCCAAGUGUGCGUGCAUGGCUCGUCUCGCGUCGAUGUCGAACGCAGCAUCCGAAUGCUGAUGCAGAUCGUGGCGCCCUGCUAUGUGGCAACUCUUUGUCUCAUGCCCAGUGUUCUGGAUACGCUCGGCCUUUCUUCCAAGGCAGAUGCGCGCCCGCUCGCUACGCUUCUCACCUCAGCGAGUGCCGCGUCAGGCGCAGAAGUGGGCUUUCGUAACAGCUGCGUUGACCUGUACGGAACCGACUCAGAGGUUCGUUCGGCCAUGCGCUUCUUGCUCCGUCAACCGGCCAUCAAGCACUGCAUUAGCGAAGUUCGCUUCCAGCUCGAACUCGCUACGGACCACCGCGAAUUCAUCAGCGGCAAGAAGAACGGCAAAAUCAACAAAAUCAUGGAGGGAUGCGGCGUGCGUAUCCGCUUCGAGCCGUUCAACGACUACAAUUUCCUGAUUGAAGUGCUGGGCCGCGAGCCGGACGCUGCGCUUCAAGGACUGAGCCAACUGCAGGAAGAACUCCCAGCAGAAAUGUCAUUUUUUGUGCCGGAGGCAUACCACAAGCGUAUCAUUGGCGUCGGUGGCAAGAACAUCCAACGCAUCAUGAAAAAGUUUGGCGUCUACGUCAAAUUCUCCAAUGCCGAGGAGUUUGCCGCGUUGGGCGGCUACAUCGACAACGAUGACAAUGUCAUUGCACGCACGCCGUCGAAGAAUGCACCGAAUCUCGAGAACCUGAAAAACUCCGUGAUGGAGCUUGUGGGUCCAAAGGACAAGGACUUUGUGACAGAGGCUGUGCCGGUGCCGCGCAAGUUCCAUCGCCUCCUAGUCGGCGAAAAGGGCCAGGUCCUGACUGACAUCGAACACCGUACCCGCUGCUCCAUUCGCCUCGCCCGCAGAGAAUCAGGACUCAACACAGUCUUUGUCGUGGGCCCUGAGUCUCAGACGGUAACGGCCGUGCAGAUGCUUCUUCAGCAGGUGCCUCUCGAAGCAGAGAUCCCUGUGAGCAACUCGCACGAGUUCGCCAGUAUGAUCGAUUCCCCCGAGUACCACACUCUUGUGAACCAUCUGCAGAACAACAUGGCAACUACGCUCCAUCUGUCGCAACGGAAGAAUGCAUCGGCUGAAAAUGUGUUUGUACUUCGGGUGAGUCAUGCCGAUGCGGAAAUGUUGCCGCUGGCCAAAAAAGCGCUGGACGAUUUAAGUGCCAAGUACCACGUCCUGCUUCACACGUCCGUUUCGCCGCCGCCCGCUCCUCCACUAACGUCGGCCGCCCCUGCUGCCGAGGAGGAGCUAUACAAUCUCUUGCCGCCAUUCUCUACCUCGCACCUGUCCCCUUCAAAAGCGGAUAUCAGUGCGGAUUCGGCAAGUAUGCCCUCUAGCAUGCUGUAUGAAAAUGUUUCCGUACCUCCAUCAGCAUCCAACAAGGACCUCAAAGCGCUCUUCGAGCAUUCGUCGCUUUCGUCGUCCAUGCCUUUUGAUGGAAGUGCGGGUAACGUGAAUACCCCGCUCGUCUCACCCUUCUAUACCCCUGGCUAUGCCGACAAUGCUGCCCUUUCAGCCCAGGUUUGGGGAGCACCGAUUCCAUCUCUUCAAGACAUGGGUGGACAUGCAUCGAAACCGAAUGUAUUUGGCGCCUUUUCCUCGACACCGAUACCUUUCCCCUUUUCCCCUCCGACCGAUUCAGCACGAGCCAAGGCUGACAUGGCACGUGCGAGUCCUGCCGCACCGUUCUCCUCACCUGGUCAGCUCUUACGCCACGAUGGCAUGAGUGGCCUUGUCAACAGCCGGGAUGUAGGUGCAUUCGGUUCCCAUCCUUUGGCACGCCCGAGCAUGAGCAUGCUGAAUGCGGACAUGGGCAACGACAUCGACGGAUUUCAUCCUCUAAGCGAUCCUACACCCCGCUCAACUCUGUCGAUGAUGGGUCCGCCAGGAUCGACACCCGGUCCAAGGGGUCCAGGGUCCCACAUGCCUCGUUCGGCUGUCUCACAUGGCACAGCCAGCGAUACCAUGGAUGAAGUAUCGCGCGUGCUUGCACAAAUUGCAUUUGACAAGCAAUAA